AUGGUUCCAGCUCCUCUAUCACGGUGGUCUUGCAGGACUGGAAAGGUAGAGAGCGACAACAAGUCUGUGAUUGAGCUAAGUGCAACUGAACUUGUUCCACCUUGGGAGAGUGUGGCAAUUUUCCAUGACAUUCAUGCUUCUCGCUCAAGACAUGGGCUAGACUUUCGCUGGAUUCCAAGGACUGCUAACAGAGUGAUUGGCUCCAUCAUUCGCAAAUCGAGAAUCGGACUCUUCUCGAAGCCUCUUGCCCCUGCACUUCCACCGAUUGCCAAGUCUGAUGCGAUCAAAGUCAAGAAAGACGACGCACCGAUUGCCAAGUCUACUGCGAUCAAAGUCAAGAAAGAUGACGUCCCAACGAUCCGGUGGAGGAAAGAUGAAUUGAUCGGUUGCGGCGCAUUUGGAAGGGUUUAUAUGGGACUCAAUAUCAAUUCUGGAGCUCUUCUAGCCAUCAAGCAGGUUUCAAUUGCAGGCAACAGUGCUGCAAAAGAGAAAACACGGGCCCACAUUAGAGAGCUUGAAGAAGAAGUGAACCUUCUUGAGAAUCUUUCACAUCCAAACAUUGUUAGAUACUUGGGAACAACUAGAGAGGACGCAUCGUUGAAUAUUUUGUUGGAAAUUGUCCCUGGUGGAUCUAUCUCUUCACUUCUGGGAAAAUUUGGUUCAUUUCCCGAGUCUGUUAUAAGAAUGUACACAAAACAAUUGUUGUUGGGAGUGGAAUACCUUCACAGGAAUGGAAUAAUGCACAGGGACAUUAAGGGAGCUAAUAUCCUUGUUGAUAAUAAGGGGUGCAUAAAACUUGCAGACUUUGGUGCAUCAAAGAAAGUUGUUGAGCUGGCUACCAUGACUGGUGCAAAGUCAAUGAAGGGUACUCCAUAUUGGAUGGCUCCAGAAGUUAUCCUUCAAACCGGUCAUAGCUUGUGA